AUGCAAGGCGUUCCACAGCCUCAACAACCUCAAGCACAAGUUGUGGCACAACCUAAUGGACGCCCAGGCGCAGCUCCGCAACCACAAUCUCAGCGUCCGGCGUAUCCAUCUGGUGCCAAUGCACAAACGCCUCCACAAUAUGCCACUUACCCGAGCGGUCAACCUGCUGGGUAUCCUCAAUCACAAACUGCCCAGGCCGCCGCAUAUCAACAACAGAUGUAUCAAAGGCAACAACAGGUUCCGCAGCACCAGCAAAUGCGACCCUAUAUGUCUCCACAAGGCGCAAUGGUGACAUCUAAUCAUCAAGGAGGCUAUCAGUUUUCUUACUUUUUCUUUCUUAUGGUAAUGUUGCCAGCUUUUGAGGAAGAGUAA